CAUUACAAAUACGCAGGCAGCCACAAAAGCUAAAACCCCAAAAAGCACACUCCCCUCCUCUCAUUCCUUCUAUCUUUUUUACUUUUCUUUAGGUUUACUCAUUCCCUUAACUCUUGGCAUCAUUUCAGGACCCAGAUAACACUCCUCUUCUCUCUUAGUCACUGUUUUUUUUUCCUUCAACAAACUAUCUUCUUCUUCACUGUUAAUACCUUACUUUUCUUUAUAACAUUCUUCUUCUGCACCACUUUGUCUCUGUUUUUGGGCUACAGAGUUUGUUCUGUUUUCAUUACAUUGCGGUGGAGUUCAUAGCGUCAGAUAUUUAGUGCCCACUUGAUGUUACACUACUGAUUCUUUGAAAUCAUUCUUGGUUUAUCAUAUGAUGUUUGUAAAAUUUGAGAUAUGGAGGGGUUUACCAUAAUCUUUUGAGCGGUCUCUUCUCACAGGAUAUGAAAAGUUUGCAGUCGGUGAACUUUAAGUAAAAGAGGUGGUGCAGAUUUGUCGGUACUAGUUACUUCAAUUGAUUGAUUGGUUCUCUUUACUGUGGCUGUAGAGUUCUUACGAUUGUAUUCUGCUCACACAAGGUGGGAGUGGUUUGGUUAAAUUGGUUAAGUUUGGAAAAAAAUAAAAUAAUAAUAAAAAAAAAAGAGGUGGUGCAGAAAAUUUGUUCUGUUGUUAAACGAGAUGGAGGAAAGAAAAUUGAAUUUUAAUGCACCACUUUUAUCUGUGAGGCGAUUUUCAACAUCAGUAGCAUCUUCAGAUGGGAAGAAUGGGAAGAUAAUUGAGGAUUCCCGGCCCAACAGACGAUAUACGAUACCAUUUUAUAGGUCAGACUUAAACUUGGAGCAGGUGACAGAACCAGUUGCGGUUCCAUUUUUUUGGGAGCAGACCCCCGGACAACCAAAGGACGGUGGACCUGAGCCUCAACAACUUGAGGAGGCUUCUGUUACUCCAAGACUUCCACCACGGAGGGAUCUGGAUAUUAUAAAGUAUCCUUUGGAGAAAGAAGUCGAAGAUAGGCCAAAAAUUGAGUCAUGUUCUUUGAUUGAUGGUGUGACUAGAUAUGAUUGCUCAAAAGAGGGAAAUGAGGAGAAGAACUUAUAUUUGGAGGAUGAUGAUGAUGUUUAUUCCGAUGCAGUUGAUGCACUGUCUCCAACUGAUUCAUUUUCUAUGAGUUGUAGUGUAAGUGGUGUCAGUGGGUCUGAUGGUCCGGUUAUAAAGCGGGCAGGAACCUUUUCUACGGAUCCACAAACUCGAGAUUUCAUGAUGAGUCGUUUCUUACCUGCAGCCAAGGCAAUGGCUUUAGAGCCACCUCAGUAUGCUUCAAGGAGGCAACCUGUGGCAGUUGAGCAACCAAGACAGGUUGUGAAGGUUAUUAGUGAAGAUAGGAAGCCUCCUUUUAACGAGUCUAUUGUCAUACCGCAUUAUGGUGAAGACACAGAUGAAGGAGAAAGUGAGGAUGAAGUUGAUGAGUAUGAUGAAUCUGGCAAUUUAUCAAGUAGAGGUUGUGGUUUGUUUCCUCGGUUAUGCUUAAAUAAGUCUUUGUGCCUCUUAAAUCCAGUUCCAGGUUUGAAGGUUAGAACCCACUCUUCAAUGUCUUCAACCUCUGAGGUCAGAAAGUCAGGCAAAGCAACUUAUGCUCAAACUCACAGCCAAACUAUCAAGAAGCAUGCCAGAGAUUCUGUUUAUAAGCAUCAAUCAGACUCCGGAGUUCAAUCACCAAAGCUUAUAUUGGGGAUCGAGAAUAAAAUGACCAAUGGAUCCAAUCGGUUUACUUGCUCAAAUGAGCAGGAUAUGUCAAAUAGGUCAUCUCCUUACAGGCGUGGCAUUUCUCCCUACCGAAAUGAAAGACCCCAGUCUCCCUUUCGUGGAGUGGGGUUUCUUGGUGUUCCUAAAGAAACUGAGAACAUCAGAGCAACUAGAUUGAAUUUGUCUGACAAAUCUAGUAGCAAGUCUCAGGAAUUAUUACCCUAUCAGAGUUUUAAAAGAGGGUCAGGCUCACUGAGCCCCGCGGUUGAGAAGACACUUUAUGUAGAUACUGUAAAAUUUGCCAAAAUAUCGUCUUCGAAUUCAUUUUCCUCAGAUACCAUGGGGCAAAUGGACCUAGUGCGCAAGAGUUUUGAAACCUCAAUGGGAAGAAGAGGGAUAGAAGAAACUGCUAGUGCAGAAUCCCUUUUACAAGAUGUGAAGUGCCUGAACAUUGCAAAGGGAGGGAACAUAUUAGAAACUAAAACCGUGGGUUCCAUGAAAGCCAAGCAGUCUUCUUUCUCUGGAAUAUUGCAUCCUGGAGAACUGAAUCAGGAAUGCAAGUCUUCGGAACUUGUAAAAGUUGUUGAUGAUGGAAAUCUAAAUGGUAGCAAGGAGCAAUAUUUAGAGAAAGAUGAUCCAGGAUGUCUUAACAGUGAUUUUGAACAGUCUCCUCUUCCCCCGCCUUUACCUCAAAAACCUUCCGAGUCCUGGCUUUGGCGUACUCUACCUUCAGUUUCUUCACAAAAUUCUUUUUCGCCUUCAUAUCGCAGCAGAUUUCAUCCUAAAAGGCAGGAUUCUAAUACUAGUACCAAGUGGGAAACAAUUGUAAAAACUUCCUAUUCACAUCAUGAUCACAAACGUUACUCAGAGGAAUUAACUGCUCACUUUUCGCAGCAAUCCAAAACAUGAAGUGUGUGAAGAUCCUCCUCAAAGUCCUUGGACUACAGGAUCUGUUUGAGCAGUUUUAUUUGACAGUAGUCAGAGGUAGCUAAAACCUUCCAGCUAAUACUUUUUUCCCGGGAAGAUUAUCAUCUUAUUACUUCUUCCAGUGUAUACUAGGCCUGUGGUAUUUGUGUGCCCGGUUUCAGUAUCUGUAUAAGCUUUGUAAGUCGCUGUUGUGAAUGUCUUUUGCAUAAGUGUGGGCUAAUUCAGUAGUUAUAUCAGGUUAUAUUUAAUUUCUUGGAAUGGUCAUAAAUCUUUUGAAGAUCAAUUCUCAUACAUCGAUCUUCCUUCAUACUUGUACUUCACAGAAAUCACUAUACUGUUCUGGAAAUGAAUUGAGAUACAGCUUCCUGAACAUUUACAGCUACAUAUACUAA